ACACUUGCGAAGCAAUAAGCACCUCACCGCUGACUAGAGCACCCCUCACCACUCCAGAGAAGCAGGAAAAUGACAUUGCGGCUCUGCUGUCCACUUGCUGCCUGGAUUUUUAUCCUCCUCGUUCCUGGCCUGUCUGAAGGAGGGAAACUCCUGGUGGUGCCCAUGAUUGGAAGCCACUGGCUAAGCAUGAAGGAAGUAGUUCAGAAGCUUGCUGAAAAAGGACAUGAAGUGGUGGUGCUUAAACCAGAAGUCAGCUGGAAUACGGGAGACAAACACAACCAUGCAUACACUGUGAAAACAUACCCAGUGUCCACCAAGUUAGAAGAUCUGGAUAAUGCCUUUAAAGUGUAUCUUGCAACUCACCUGAAGAGUAUGCCUUUCCCCAAAAAUGUUAUAGCACUGCACAAUAUCUUCACAUAUCUUUUCGAAUCCUUCUAUGCUCAGUGCAAGGAACUGUUCAGCAGCACGGAAACCCUGCAGUAUUUGAAUCAAAGCAGCUUUGAUGCAGUCCUCACAGAUCCCUUUUUUAUGUGUGGAGCAACAGUUGCUAAUUACCUUUCACUUCCAUUUGUGUUCUUCAUGAGAGGAUUACCUUGCAAUCUGCACUUCGAAGCAGCACAGUGCCCAAGCCCUCUCUCAUAUGUCCCGAGAACAUUUUCAUUCAACUCAGACCACAUGACAUUUUUCCAGAGGGUGGAAAACACACUGAUUUCAUUCCUGGAGCUCUUUUACUGUAAUGCCAUCUAUCAAGACGCAAUAAAGUUUUCCUCUGAAGUUCUUCAAAGGGAUGUAUCCCUGAUAGACCUCCUGAACUCUGCUUCUAUUUCAAUAAUGAGGUUUGACUUUGUGUUUGAGUAUCCCAGACCAGUGAUGCCCAAUAUGGUCUUUGUUGGAGGUAUGAACUGUGCUGAGAAGAAACCACUGCCAAAGGUAUGUUCUUCUUCUCACAUUACACAUUUUCCAAAGGAUUGUAAUUUCAUGUCUUAUGGAUAUUUGGUGGUCUUGAUAUUCUUUUUCUUUCCAAAAUAUUUUAAUAGAUAUUAGUCCUGGCAUUUUUUA